UCGCGCGCUCGCUCGCUCUCCCAUCCUCGUUUUCCAUCCCACCAUCCGUCUUUCGCCGUCGCAUCUAUCGCUUUCUCGAUAAUAGGAAUCGCUGAUACUCUCUCUCUCAUCUGGCGCUUUUUCGACCCUCCGUCUGCUUCCCUCCUCGUCAAAACUUCCUCCGGCGCAAAUCGCAGCGCCGCCUGCGCGCAUCGCAAUCACAAUAAUAAUCCACCACCCCCAUCGAUCUGUCGCGGUCGCCUCUCAUUUCCAUCCACAUUCUUUCAUCAGCGGUUUCUCUCUCGCUUCGCAACCAUGCUGCUCCCGUCCGCUUUACCUUGCGACACUCGUCGCCCCUCAACUCGGUCGCGCUUGACGCCCAGUCGCUUAUUCACAACCCCUCCUCCGUCAGACGACGAUUUCCCAUCCAACAACGGCCUCGUGGGCACCUGUCGCGCUCUCCAAUCACUUCUAAGUGGUUCUCCGGCCCCUUCUCCGCGACGCUCGAAAACGCCGCGCCUCCAAAGUCCUCUGCAGAUCCAACCCAGAUCUUCCGCCCGGUCGCGGAAGCAAAAACAGAACGAAACCUCCUCCAUCCCAUCUCCUAAGCCCCAGCGGCCUCGCGACGUGAACAAGCGACGUCGCGAUUCCUACGAACUUGAUUUCGAAGAAGAAGAUGCUGGUAGCGCCGAUGCGCAAACACCUUCUCGCAACGCCAGAUUCUCCACCCCUAAACGCCGUCGGUACGUCCCCUACGACCUACCACUAGGACUUUCGCAAUCCGAUUUCUAUUCUCUUCGCACCCCACCCGUCACACAAUCGCCUCCCUCUCCUGCGCAACGGCGCAAACACGAACUCGAUUCGAAACAAGGAAAUUGCGCGUCGCCAUUCAACCCCGACGCUGCACUCCCGUCGAUCGAGGAGACGCAAGAACCUGCCGUGUCGGAUACUGAGUCAUGGACAUCAGACGAUGACCAGCGACUCGUCGAGCUGGUACUGGAAAAGUUCCAGCUGUCCAAGCGAGAUUGGGAUGAUUGCGCGCGUCGCAUGGGCAAAGAUAAUGCCAGCGUCGGGCGGCGAUGGCAGGCCCUUCUCGGGGAUGGCGACGUGGGGCUGCGACGAGGACGACGAAUGGUGCGAGGGCGCCUACAUGAGAACUGGAUGUAACUUGCGUCCUCCUCUACUCUCUUCCCAUUCCUCCUUUUCCUUCUACUUGAACACUAUUCUUAUACUUGAUGGAUAUUAUGUUGUGAUGUAUUCUAUGGGUCUCACGGAUUGUUUUCUUUUCUGUUUCUUUUUUUCUUUUUUUCCUUUUUCUUACUUCUCCCUUAUCCUGGAGCACCACAUUGUCGCACAUCAGUGGUAUGAAAUCUGUAUUAUUAUCUCUUUUUCUUUUGUCUUUGGGAUCUGGUUGCGUGAACAUCUUCUUUUCUGACCCUUGUGUUUGUCUAUCACUUUGCUUAUGCCGUGGCUUUGGUCUGGUACUCCCGGUUCUGUCUUACUAUUAUUAUCUCUUGCUAGGGUUCCAGCUUGAUCGCUUAAUUCCGGGCGUUUGUAUUCUACGAUCUAUCUACUAUUUAUAUUGAACUCACUGUAUUCUAUGCA